AUGUCAGUGAAUCCGAUACCACAGCUAGUAAACAUCUCACACGCAUUGCAGUCUUCUUUCGUCCAGAAACUACGAUCUGAAGUAAAAGGUUUUAAUGAGAGCGCCAAACUCAACGAAACCCAGAUCGCACAGAUUAACAAGUAUAUCACGUCGUUGGAGAGUGCGUUCUCAGAGUUCACUCGCGACAAUGAGCACAUCGAACGUAGAGAAGCACACGUAACCGCGGCAGACGUGCAGCUAUACAACGGUCUUAAAACCAUGUAUGCAGACUAUCUGUCACAACUUGUAAAACUGAAGCAACGAAGCGUGAACCAAGAAGAACAUGUGAGUGGUGAUCAGCCAGUCGAUUACAUUCGGAACGAACUUCCCUAUAAACAGCCCUCUGAGCGAAAAGCGUACAUCGACAAGUUAGCCCAAAGCCCAACAGACACCGUGGCAGCUGAAAUUAAGAAAAGCGACCAACUUUUAGAGGGCGUUGUGAAUCUAUCAGUGUUGGACUCUACAGUGGGGGAAAAUAUACAGUCCUACAUUACACUUUUGAAGACAAUCGGUUACAGUGAUCAGGAGAUAUCCAAACGAAUGCCGCAUGCAAGCAAUGGUAAAGACUCAUCGACCAUACAAGCUACAAAGGUGGCAGAGCCAACAAAUGCCCCUUCAGAUGAGCCUAAAAAAAAAAUCUCAUUUUCUAAAUACCUUAAGAAGGGUGACAUUAAUGAUAGCGUUAAAAGAACUUCUGAGGAUGACGAUUUGGGCGAUAAACCUGCUAAACGUAUGAAACCCACUGAAAUCUCUAGUUCUAGCGUCGCAUCCAUUUUGAAAAAGAAGACAAUUAAAAAAAAGCGAAACCCAAUACGAUUUGUCAGUGAUGAAAAGCUCUUGACGGUUUACGGCGAUGAGCUGCCCUCUAAAGGUCUUGUUGUGUCCCCCAAAAAGCUGAAGAAGAUUUUGAAACCAUUCAAGGAUGGGGAACCCCGCGAAAUAACGUAUUCCGCAUGGAAAAACCAAAAAGUACGAGAGUUGUCAAAACGAAGUCAUGCAGAUGAUUCAGAUGUAGUAGAUAUAAAGGGAGGUCCAAUACCGAGUGAAUCGCGGGCCCCGCUCGGCUACCGGCUAAACUUUACCGCGUUUAGUAAGUCUUUGACGAAGCUGCCCGCGGAACCGACUGAUCUGGAUGAUAGUGACCCAAGUUUAUAUCAGAAACCUUUGAUAGUGCGUGCAUUCGGAAAAAACUGUUUGCUUUUGCAAAAGGAUCGUGGUGGCAUACCGUAUAAGCUAGUACCCGAAGUGCAUGUAAACGACUACCCCAUUAGACCAAUCUCAAAUUGA